UUUCCGGGUUCGGGGCCAGGCUCUGCUUGCAGCGAUGGCGGCGCCGCUGGAGGACGGUGAGGUGUUGGACACCGAGUCGGACUCGGAGAUGACCACGGGCGGAGAGCUGCAGAACCAGCAAGCUGCUAUUCCCAACUUUCCAACUACACCCUUUAGUACACAAAAUGAUAUGCCAGCUCAUCCAUCUUCAUUUGAUUUGAGCAGUCGCUACAGAACCGCAACAUCUGACAAUUCAAGUGAAGAGAGUGAUCUUGAUUCCGAUGAUGAGGAAAGACUCUUGUGGCGAAGGAAACGUCAAAAGUGUUCAAACAGUACAAACAAUCUACCUUUAAAGCCUCCAGUCGUGCCUUUUGGUCCGGUUGGUGAUGGUUUUACGGGGGCUGGAAAUCCUGCAAAAGUCGGAAGUCACAAAAUUAACAAUAUUUGGGGCUCAGUGUUGCAGGAGCAAAAUCAAGAUGCUGUGGCAACAGAGCUGGGAAUUUUGGGAAUGGAGGGCAGCAUCGACAUGAACUCUCGACAGUCUGAGACUUAUAAUUAUGUAAUGGCAAAGAAGAUGAUAGCAAAGCAGCGUCAGGAGGAGGAAGAGGAAAUGAAUAAGUUAGAAACAGAAUUAGAUGAGUAUGUACAGGAUGGAAGGAAAAUCAAAAACCAGGAAGAGUCUAAUCAAAGUAAUCUCAAGCGAAAAAGGCCAGUUAAGGAGAGACUAGGGGAAAGGCUUGAAAUGAACUAUAAGGGAAAAUAUGAUAUUAAAGAAGAUGAUAGCCCAACGAAGAUUUCAGAUGAAAUAGCUUACAGGCUCCGAGAACCAAAAACUGAUUUGAUUCAUAGGGUGGUUAAAGUUAUUGGAAGGAAAAAAGCAAUAGAACUUCUGAUUCAAACAGCUGAAGUGGAACAGAAUGGUGGACUCAUGAUUGUUGAUGGCAGCCGCAGAAGAACACCUGGUGGAGUUUACUUGCAAUUAUUGAAAAAUACACCAAGCAUCACUCAAGAACAACUUAAGGAAAUUUUUUAUGAUGAAAAUCAGAGAGAAUAUAAUUGCAAAAAAGCAGCCAAAAAAAGGAGACGACACAUUAUUGGGAAAAAGAUGAAGCAAGCUAUUAAGGAACUGAACCUGCAAGUCGAUGAUGAUGCCUCACGAGAGACUUUUGCUAGCGAUACAAAUGAUGCCUUGGCUUCAGUUGAAGAUACAGAAGAAGUUCACAUGGAAAAGCCAACAAUAGAUCCUGAAGAUGCAAUUGAACUUGAUAACAGCAAUGAUCUGGAAAUCUUUUGAAAAGCUUGCUUAGUUACAAUACUGAAAUAUUAUGCCACAAAUGUAAUAAAUACCCCUAUAAUGGUGAUCUCAGUAAAAUUUCUAGUUGACAUAUUUGUGCUACAUUUAUAACACCCUCCUUGAAACAAGUUUUUUUGGCUAGUAAUGUGGUGUGUUUAAUUUACAAAUUCAUGCUUAACUUGCAAAUGACAUAAAUUGUCAAUUAACUUUGUUGUGCUCAUCACAGCAUUUUUGAGAAUAUAGGGUGAAGUAAUGCAUUCCUAUCAGCAAAGGAAUCUUAAAUCAUUCUUCUAUGUAAAUUUUAUGUUUGUGCAUCAUAACUUUUUACAUUCAGUAAAUUUUUUUUACUUAAAUGCAAA